CACCACUGACAGAACAACACAGCUAGCUUUCUGAUGACCUGAUGUGAAAAUAAAUAUCUUUCUGCUUCAGUUCUCUUCUUAGGAUACAAGGAAGCUGAAUUUCAAACCUUCGGAUACUUUGUGAAAAGAAAACACACUUUCACCUCUUCCUGAUGGUUUGCCGUCCCAGAAAAACAGAUUUGUGAGCAAAAUAAUGACUGUUCAUUAACACCGAUGCAGUAAUGCAUUUCAUUUUCUCUGCAUUGUAAUCCAUUGUAAUCGUGAAAGCACAGGCUCACAAAGGCAAACUCAAGUUUCUCAAGCUUAAUCUGAACAUCAUGGAUACAUCUUCAAUAGGCCUAGACCCAAACGCUUCAAAUCCUGACACGGCAGAUAUGCAAAUUUUUCAGUACUACCUCUUCCCACCAGUGUACAGCGUGGUCUUGUUUUUUGGGCUAAUAGGAAAUCUGGGAGCUUUGUACUACUUCAUUUUCAAAAUAAAACAAAAGUCUCCUUCGAACGUGUACAUCCUCAACCUGGCGGUGGCCGACACACUUUUCUUGUGCAUCUUGCCAUUUCGUAUCCACUAUCAUUUGAACUACAGCAACUGGAUAUUUGGCGACGCCAUGUGCCGUAUCACCGGCACAAUCUUUUUCGCCAACAUCUACAUCAGCAUCACCUUCAUGACCUGUAUCUGCGUAGACCGCUACAUCGCAACCGUUCACCCUCACACCUACUUGCAACUUCGCAACACAAGUCUGACCACACUGGUGAGCACCGCUGUUUGGUUGGUGCCUGGUGCGGCGAUAUUGGCCUUCAUGUUAACGUGCCCAUUGCCAGCUGAAGGGAAAAAGUGCUUUGAAAACUUCUCGGCUGAGGAGUGGAGCAAGAACUUGGCGCCCUACAGCGCCUGCAGUCUUGUUUUUGGAUCUCUGCUGCCCUCUGUGGUCAUACUGGUGUGCUACCCCAUCGUGGCACGUCGCAUCGCCCGAAUUCAAAACAACACUGCACGCGGGGCAAGGAGAAUUAUUUAUGCCAUUCUAGCCAUCACCAUUCUCUGUUUCCUACCGUAUCAUAUAGUGCAUUUAGUGCAUCUUCUGUCUCGCACUCGUUGGAUCCCUGAAGGGCCCUGGAAUAAAAACAUUAACAUCACCCGCAGAGUGACCAUGGCUCUAGUCAGUUUAAACAGCCUCUUGGACCCACUGUUGUACUACUUUGCCACGGGCCACUACAAGUGGAGGCUCAGAAGACUGAGGUUCAAAAGGAAAAAGGGGGUUUAUUCCAUUUCCAAUGAUUUAUGACUUGGUUCAAUGACCUUAAAGGGCUUAAUUCUUACCGAACAAUAUGUUUUGAGCGCAGUGUGCUAUAUUUUUAAACCUAAAAAACAUCAUGUGUAUUGAAAAAACAAUACCUGAUUGAAUACAUUUCAGUCAAUUCUUCUUACAGUAAGGCACUUACAAUGGAAGUGAAUGGGGCCAGUCCAAAUACACACUGUUUUACAAGUAAAGCCAACAUUGUGUGUUAACAUGAUUUUAGUGUGAUAAAAUCAGGGAUUUACUGGCAUCACAACAUUUACCAGAUUCCAGGGUUUACCACGUCAUGACAACAAAGUUGGCUAUAAUUUAAUACAGAUAAGGUAAGCGAUUUUAUUACACUAAAAUCAUGUUAACAUGUAUAAUGUUUACGUCUUGUGGCUAUACUUUUAAAAUAGUGUGUAUUUUAAUGUUUAUGUACUGGCGGCAUUCACUUGCAUUGUAAGUGCCUUACUGUGAUCACAAUUUUUUCUGCA